CGUAACAAUUUCCACAUAGAAAUCAUCGAUAGAGAGAGAGAUGGGAAAGGUACGUACGGUGGGAGUGGGAAUGGACUAUUCUCCGACGAGCAAAUUAGCUCUCCGUUGGACGGCUGAGAAUCUUCUUGAAGACGGCGACACCGUCAUCUUGAUCCACGUUGAACCACAAAACGCCGAUCAUACCCGCAAAAUCCUCUUCGAGGACACCGGUUCACCGCUGGUUCCUCUGGAGGAAUUUAGAGAGGUUAAUUUCUCUAAACAGUAUGGACUUGCUUACGAUCCUGAGGUUCUUGAUGUUCUUGAUACUCUCUCUAGGGCUAAAAAGGUGAAGGUAGUUGCAAAGGUGUAUUGGGGAGAUCCAAGGGAGAAACUUUGUGAUGCCGUCGAUAAUUUAAAACUCGAUUCCAUUGUUCUUGGCAGUCGAGGUUUGGGUUCUCUCAAAAGGAUGUUGCUGGGUAGUGUGAGCAAUCAUGUAGUGACAAAUGCAACAUGUCCAGUCACAGUUGUUAAGGGCUAAUUAAAGCCUCUCUUGUCCUUUAAUUCGACCAAGUUAAUAAUAUUACUAGUCACGUGUGGCACUCAUGCAUUGUUUAGAUAUUUUGCAAAUUCGUGAAACUGAUUAGUGUGUGUGUGUGUAUCAAUAAAUGAAAAUUUCUACUUUUAUUAUAAA